AUGAUCAAUAACUAUAACAGAAACUUACUCUCCACAUUAAAUAAAGAAAUGUUAGCUCGUGAUCCACAUUCAAAUACUGUACUAUCUACACCAAUAAAAUCUGGUAAUAAUAUGUCGAACGGUGCUAAUAACCUCAAAGGUAGCAACACCAGUAUGUCCGCAGAACCAUAUGGAGGAUCCUCUCCAUUCACACCACAUUCUAGUGACAAUUUGUUUCAAUCCGUCCCAAGAAUGAACAUGAUGAGUUCGCCUCCAUCGAGUACUCAAUUGUCCUCUUCUGUGACAAAGACCCAUCGUUCAACUACUCAACAUUCAAACCCAUGCACACCUUUGAAAUUGUCUCUGACAAUUGGUGCUAAUGGGAAAGCUGCCAUUGUGAGUCCUCAUAUAUUUAAACAUUUACCUUUGAAACCGGUGUCUCCAGGUGUCACUAACGUUAACACCAUAGAAGACUCAGGAGCAAAACUGUCUAAGAAGAAUGGUAAUGGUGGUGAUGAAUUACCUGAAAAGACGAAGAUCUUGAAUUUGUUGAAAAAGAUGAGAAGUACAACUUCCUCAUUGAAUUCCUCCCCAACGAAAAAAAUGAUUAAGAAACCAAUUCAUAAGAAAAAAAUCAUUACUGCAGAGGUUACACCUGCAUCUCCAGUAGUCGACUCCAAGAAACAGAGAAGACCUUCAAUCGUUCCGGGGACUCCAUCUACUUUAACUGAAAUCACAAACAAAUUACAUCCUUUGCCUCAAGUGACUAUUUCAAAUACACCAAACGCUCCAUCUACCCCACGUACCAAACAUGCUCAGUUUAGAACUGGAUUCACCCCAUCAGUCGGGUUAGAUAUGGUCCUGUCAAAUAGUUUGUCACCACGUAUGUUUUUCACUAAUGGUAGCGGGAAUCAAGAAUCCUCUCUGGACGAUAGAAUUUUAAAAUUUAGUAGUCCAAGUACUACUUUCUCUCCAAAGACUAGGGUUCUACCAAAACCUACCACUAGUCAGUCCUUCCAGCAACAGCAACAACAGCAAUUUCCAUUCAAAUAUUCAGGUGGGGAUCCACUGUUAAUUAACGAUGUUGAAAAUGGACAUUGGUUUGAAACUAUGAAUAAUAACGGUGGAAGUAGUGGAUCUGCUACGAAUAAUAAUAACUCUUCAAUGAACAACGCAUCGUCGACUUUACUCCUGGCAUCUCCAAAACCUCAUAUUUCUACCUUCGCCUCUCCAACUCAUACUGACAGGAGAUUGAAACCUGUUAGUCUAAAUGACAGAACCAAAUUGCAAAUGGAACCAGCUACACCAAACGAUUCAAAUUUAUUGUCUAACGUAGCUACAUUACAAUUCACACCACUGAUCCAACAAACAAUGAAUGGAUCGCUAAGUAGUAAAAUGGUUGCAUCUUCUAUCACAAUGUCGCCUAUUGGUGCUAAUGAAAGAAGAAGUUCUAUCACAAAUAUUUCUGACAACGGAUCAUUAACAUCGGAAGAAAAUGAUGAUGCAGGCUUAUCAUUAAAGAAGUUGAUUAAUCGUUCCUGA